AUGUCGACGUCUAAACCUGUCGAGUGGGUUACAGCAUUGAUUGAAAGAUUUGAAGAUCAAUUACCAAUAAAAUGUGGUGAAUUGACUAAUCAAAUGCGUCUUAAUUUAGAACAAAAUAAAGAAUGUUUAAUUGCCUUAAGUCGUUUUAAAUUUUCUCUUGUUAUUAAUGGACUUACAGAUAUUUUAAAAACGAUUGAUAAUACUAGAUAUGGAGGUUUUGAUCAAGAAAAAAAUAUUUAUGAAUCAUAUUUAAUUGUGCUUGAUGCUGUUGAACAAUGUUUAGCAAAUACAAAAGAUUUAAGCACGAGUCGGUUACAUGAAGCUAUUUAUGUCAAUAAAUUAUUACCUGUAGUUUGUAAACUCUUAAAUGUUCCCGGUGAUGGCAUAACAGUCCAACAUGUUCGACAACUUGCUUCGAAUGUUUUAUUUGCAUUAAGUGUUAACAAUUUCAGUACUCUUUUUAGUAAAGUUGUUUCAAGACUUGAAUGUUUAAUUGCAUCUGGAGAUGAAACAUAUGAGGCCGGUGAUCUUGAUCUUAUUCAACAUAUGAAUGUUGAUAUGCUUAAAUUAACAAGACUUCUUAAUGAGGAAGUACAAAAAUGGCGGUUACUUAAAAAAAUUCAUCAUACAGAACUUGUUAAAAGUGUCGAAAAAGCUAUAUGGAAUUGGUUAGAUACAUAUCCCGAAGAAUUUACUGACCUACAAAAAAGACCGAAUGCUGAAUUAAGUGAUAAUUGUGAAAAAUUAUUCGAAUUCCUUGAUUCAUUUGGUGAAGCAAAUCGUCGUAAAGUUCAAUAUGUUUGGCCACUUCAAAUGAUGUUAUUAGUAUUAUGUCCAAUAAUUCUUGAAGAAUUAGUUUAUGCAUUAGAAAAAGGUGGUCCUUGUUCAGCUGAACAUUUACGUAAAAGAAAUUUUGUUGAUGCAUUAAAACGUCAAUUACAUGCCCAAGUAUUAGGUAAACAACAUUCAGCUGGUGGAACUGAAUCAGCAGCUGUUGUUACAUUUGUUAAAUUAUGUAAAGCAGCAACAUAUAUUAAUAAUAAAGAUUCAAAUAAUGUUUUAUUUGUUAUGGUACAAUCAGUUAUUGGAGAUUUAAAACAAAUUUUAUUUAAUCCAUUAAAACCAUUUUCACGUGGUCAAGAUAAAAUUAAUUUUGAUUUAGAAUUAAUGAUUGAAUUUUUUCUUGCUUGUCUUAGAUUAAAUCCACAUAAUAAUGAAGUUUUAAAAGUUUGUUUGAAUUUAUCGUCACCAGCUAUGUUUCAUUAUGUACUUGUUAAAGCACUUUAUAGAAUAAUAACACAAAAACGUUUAGCUUGGUGGCCACAAAUUGAUAUUGUUUAUUCACGUGCUGGAGAAUUACGAAAUAUGUUUACAGAUACAUUAAAUAAAGUUUCACAAUCAUCAACAUUUUCAACAACACCAUUAAGAAUAUCAGGUAUAACAGGUGUUAGUACAUUAAAAGAUAUAUUAUUUAAUCCACAACAAUUACGUUCACAAUAUUCUCAAGCAUUUAAAUCAAAAACAUCAGAUCGUUUAGCUUAUGAUGAAGGACCAAAUAAUCGUGAAUUACUUUUAUGGAUUGUACGUUUAAUAAUCGUUGAUCCAUAUUUAAUGUUACAUAAUCCAAAUAAACUUGAUCAUGAAACUCAAAUGUCAACAUUUGAAUUAAUAAAUGGUCUUGUAUCACUUGUACAUGAUACAUCAAUGAUGCCAGAUGUUGCUCAUACAGCUAUGGAAUCUUUAUUAGUUUUACAUGAAACACGACAUAUUGAAUUAUGGAAUCCUGAAGCAUCAAUAAAUACAUUUUGGUCAAUAUCAAGUCAAGUACUUUUUUCAAUAUCACAAAAAUUAGUUUUACAUCAAAUUUAUGAAUAUACAUCUGUAUUACGUUGGUUAAGAGAAAUUCUUGUUUUACGUAAUGCUUUUCUUUUCCAUCAUAAAGAUAAUGCAUAUCUUGGUUCAAAUAUUCCAAUGGCUAAACAUGCACAUACAAAACUUGAAAUUGUUUUUUUUAUUUAUUUAUGGUCAAUUGAUCCUGAAGCUGUUAAAAUUGCUAUGUCAUGUUUUGCUUUAUUUGCAUAUGAAGCUGAUAUUCGUUUUGGUUUUGAUGAAACAGCUGUAUUAACACUAUUACCUAAUUAUAAUAUUUAUAUGGAAUUAUCAGCAGCAUCAACAACAUUAGUUACCACUGGAAGAAAUGCUUUACAAAAGAAAAUUCUUUCGCUAUUAAGACGUAUUGAAUUUGCAACACCUGGAAAUAAACAAGCUUGGUAUGAUACAUUUGUUAGUCAACAACAUUUGGCUAAAUUUUUGGCUAUUUAUCCAAAAAGAGUUGAUGAUUUGGGUAGUGGAGGAUCAACAGCUAGUUCACCAUCGGUUAAUGCAAGUGAAACAAGUAGUUUUGUUGGAAGUGGAUAUGGAAAAUUUGGUAAAAGACGAACUGGAGUUCAUUCAAGUGAACAUGAUAUUGAAGAUGUUUUUCAUGAAUGGGCUAAUAUGACUGGAUUUUUAUGUGCACUUGGAAGUGUUUGGUUACCAGUGAAAAAUCGACCAGGUCAACAUGGAAUUCCAGCUGAUACUCGACGUACAUCGAUGGAACCCGUUAGUUCCGAUCUUCAUUAUUGUCCUGUAACACAAUUUAUUGGUGAUUGUUUAAAAUAUUUGGUUUGUCAAAAUGAAAAAUUUGGUUUACAAAUUCAACGUCAUAUUCAAGAUUUGCUUGGUCAUGAACUUAAUCCAUUAUGUUAUCCAAUAUUAUUUGAUCAAAUUAAAAUACAAGUUGAUAAAUUUUUUGAUGCUACCGGUCAAGUUAUAUGUUCAGAACAAAAUACACAAUUUAUUGAUAAUGUUAUUGUUAUAAUGCGUUCUGUAUUUGAAAUGAAAGCUCAACAAGCAGCUCAAAAUUCUUUAGAAGGACCAACAACAACAACCGGUUCAUCAAAUACAUUAGGUGUUCCAAGUAAUAAUGCUGGAUCACCACAAUCAGUUGUCGGUAGUUCAUCAAAUGAUCCGAGUUCAAGUUCAACAAGUGGAGCUGGACGUGGUGGACCACAACAAACAAAUGAAAAUCCAUUAGCUAAUGUUAAUAGUUUAGAACAACUUGUUUUAAAUAUUGUUCGUUAUGCACGACAAUUAGAUACAAGUGUUGGAGCUGUAGCUAUACGUAUACGUGUUUGUCAACUUGUAGAAUCAAUGAUGAAAAGACGUGAUGAUUUAUCAUUUCGACAAGAAAUUAAAUUUCGAAAUAAACUUGUUGAAUAUUUAACUGAUUGGAUUAUGGGAAAUUCACAUCAAUUUAAUCAAGUUCAUGCAUUAGGUCAGUCAGCAGCUGGUGUUAAUGUUGGUAGUGGUGUUAAUGUAACAACAUCUCAAUUAGUUGUUGAUCAAUAUCAACAUUUAACACGUGAAUUAGAUCAAGCAUCAAUGGAAGCUGUUGCAACAUUACUUCAUUCUCUUCCAUUACAACCAGAAGAAAGUGAUCGAGGAGAUUUAAUGGAAGCUAAAUCACAAUUAUUUCUUAAAUAUUUUACAUUAUUUAUGAAUUUAUUAAAUGAUUGUGGAGAUGAUUUAAAUGAUGAUCAAAGUUCAUUAUCAGAUCAUCAUCAAUCAAAUACGGAAAGAGGAACAUCAAAUAUGACAAGUCAAACACAACAACAACAACAACAACAACAAUCACAAUUAAUUAAUCAAUUACAACAAAAACAACAAUCAUUAAGAAAUUCAACUAUUGUUGCCAUGUCGAAUUUACUUGCAGCAAAUAUUGAAAGUGGUCUUAUGAGAAGUAUCGCUUUGGGUUAUCAUCGUGAUCCACAAACUCGAGCAGCUUUUAUGGAAGUUUUAACACAGAUUCUUCAACAAGGAACAGAAUUUGAUACAUUAGCUGAAACUGUUCUUGCUGAUCGAUUUGAACGACUUGUUGAACUUGUUACAAUGAUUGGCGAUAAAGGAGAAUUACCUAUUGCUAUGGCACUUGCCAAUGUUGUUUCACCUCAAUAUAUGGAUGAAUUAGCUCGUGUAUUUGUAACAAUAUUUGAUGCAAAACAUUUACUUCAUCAAUUAUUAUUAAAUAUAUUUUCAAAAGAAGUUGAAAUGGCUGAUUGUUAUCAAACAAUAUUACGUGGAAAUGGUUUACCAACAAAAAUAAUGUCAUUUUGUUUUAAACUUUAUGGUUCACAUUAUUUAUAUAAUUUAUUUGCACCAAUAUUAGCUAAAAUGUUCAUAGCUGAUUUACGUUCAUAUGAAGUUGAUCCAUCACGUAUUGAACAACAUGAACAAUUAGAUGAAAAUAGAAAAAAUUUACGUUUAUUAACACAUGAUGUUUUUCAAGCGAUUGUUGAUUCAUCAUCACAAUUUCCAAUUCAAUUAAGAAUUUUAUGUUCAUGUUUAUAUCAAGUUGUUCAACAACGUUUUCCACAACAUCCUUUACAAGCUGUAUCAACUGUAAUAUUUCUUCGUUUUUUAAAUCCAGCUCUUGUUCUUCCACAUGAAUUUGGUAUUGUUGAUGCUGAACCAUUACCACGUAUAAAACGUGGUUUAACACUUGUAUCAAAAAUUCUUCAAAAUAUAGCAAAUAAUUUAAUAUUUACAAAAGAAUUCCAUAUGCGUUGUUUUAAUGAUUAUCUUCGUUCAACAUUUGAUUCAGCAACAAAUUUUGUUUUAUCAAUAAGUGAACCUAUUAAUUUAACAACAAUAAUUCCAUCUGAUGAACAACAACCAAUUGAAAAUAAUAUUUUGGAUUCUACAAUACCUUCACCAACAUAUCCAAUGUCUUAUAUAAGUGAUGCUAAUGUUUUAGCAUUACAUAGACUUUUAUGGUAUCAUCAAGAAAAAAUUGGUGAUUAUUUAUCCAGUGGAAGAGAUCACAAAGCUAUUGGACGAAGACCUUUUGAUAAAAUGGCGACAUUAUUAGCUUACUUAGGACCGCCAGAUCAUAGACCAUUGGAUUCACAAUGGAUUUCAUAUGAUAUGACAGCAACAAAAUUUGAAGAACUUAUGGCGAAAACACAAAUGCAUGAAAGAGAAGAAUUUAAAUCAUUAAAAGCUCUUAAUAUAUUUUAUCAAGCUGGUUUUAGUAAACAAAAUAAUACUCCAGUAUUUUAUUAUAUUGCUCGUCGUUUUAAAGUAAAUGAAAUGAAUUGUGAUUUAUUAAUCUAUCAUGUAUUAUUAACAUUAAAACCUUUUCAAGCAAAACCAUUUGAAUUAGUUGUUGAUUUUACUCAUACUUGUACUGAUAAUCGUUUUAAAACGGAUUAUUUAUCAAAAUGGUUUAUUUGUAUGCCUGAUUGUUUUUAUUAUAAUCUUCAAGCAUCUUGUAUGAAUGAUAUACCUGAUUGUGAAUGGUUAGCACAAUGGCAAGAAUUAGCUAAACGUUUUGCUUUUCAAUUUAAUCCUGCUUUACAACCGAGAGCUAUUAUUGUCUAUGGUUGUAUAUCGAAAACAACAAGUGAUGCUGAAAUAAAAGCAUUAUUACGUAUACUAGUUAAAGCUCUUGAAUCAUUUUCGGAUAUUGAUUUAAUUGAUUCAAUAAUAAUGUGUUUAACACGUUUAUUACCAUUAUUAUCACCAGAAUCUAAAAUACAUAAAUUUAUGUUUUGGAUUGCUUUAUCAAUUCUACAAUUAGAAGAAACACAAUUAUAUGCAUCUGGUUUAGCAUUACUUGAACAAAAUCUUCAUACACUUGAUCAUAUGUUAAAUUUAUUUGAAAAUACAAGUACACAUCAACAACAAACUUUAGAAAGAAUUAUGAUGGAUGCUAGAGAACCACUAGAAUGGCAAUUUAAACAGUUAGAUGCAAGUAUGGGUUUAUCAUUUAAAUCAAAUUUUAAUUUUGCACUUGUUGGACAUCUUAUUAAAGGAUUUCGUCAUCCGGUUCAAUCAACUGUUGUUCGUACAACUCGUGUUCUUUCAACUCUUCUUAGUAUUGUUGCUAAAUCCGAAUCUCAUGAUAAAUUUAAAGUAACACCAACAUCAGUACCAUAUUUAGCUGCAUUAGUUAGUGUUGUUGAAGAAGUUCGUAGUCGAUGUCCAGUUAAACAUCGACCUGUUAUUGUUUCAUCAACAACAAAUACAAAUUCAACAAAUAUUUUACCAUUAAAUUAUUCUUCAAUAUCAACUGUUCAUCCAUUAUCACAUUUACCACAAUCAUAUUCAACAACAUCAAUUGCUGAUUUUGCUGGUUUAGGAGGAAAUUCCUUAUCAUCAUCAUAUAUUUUAACAAAUCAAACAACAAAUUCAACAUUACUUAAUGUUCAACAAGGUUUAUAUCCUCGUCGACAAAAAUCUUGGGAUGCAUCAUAUAUUGAAAAAACACGAAAAAUUGGUGGAGUAUUAACUGUUAGCGGUACUCGAUUAUUAUCUAUACCAUCACAUGUACGUCAUUGGCAUUCAUUUGAUAUCGAACAUGCUGUACCACGUAUACUUACAAAACCAGCUUCUACACUUGUACAAUUACAACAAGUUAAACAAGUUGUACCAACUAUUGCUGUCACACCACAAACUGCGCCUGAAACACAAACAUCACAAAUAAGUAGUGAAACAAAUCAUUUAUUAGAUCCUAAUGUAUUAAUAGAUACGUCAACACAAGCAUUACUUUUAACAGUAUUAGCAACACUUGUACGUAAUACAUCGGAUGAAAAUGAAAUGAGAAUUAUAUAUGAAUAUUUAUCGGAAUCAAGUAUUGUUUUUCCAAAAGUAUUUCCCGUUAUACAUAAUUUAUUAGAUGCAAAAAUAAAUUCAGUACUUUCAUUAUCACAUGAUGAAUCAAUAUUAGCAUCAGUACAAUCGAUAAUAUAUCAAAUGAUAGCUUGUUCAGCUGGUGAUGAUGCAAGUCAACAACAACAACAACUUAGUUAUUUACAAUCAUGUGGAUUUGGUGGUUUAUGGCGUUUUGCUGGACCAUUUACUGUUUCAAGACAAAAUCCUGAUAAUGUUGAAUUAUUUGUUAAUUGUUUAGAAGCAAUGGUUGAAACAUGUUUACCAUCAUUAGAUGAACAUGAAGAUGGUUCAGAAAGUGGAGUUAAUAGUGGAAAUGGUUUAACAGGAAAUAAUGGUACUAGACAUGCAUCUUUACAUCAUCAUCGAACAUUUCGACAUCAUCCUCAUUAUUAUUCAGCUUCAUCAGCAGCUGCUUGUCUUAAUGCUAAUUUAUCUUCAUCAAUGUCUAGUAUUUCAAUAGAUUCAAUUCGUUCACCGACGGAUCGUGAGGGUCAAUUUUUCGAUUUAAAUGAUCUUAAUCGACCAGCACAAUCUCAAUCUCAAAAUGGGAAUUAUACUAGAUCUCGUAUAACACAAAAACCAAAUCUUAUUUAA